GUGUACUGAGCACCCAGUCCUGAGAGUCAUGUACUUACUGAGUGGACAGGGAGGCUGCUCAGUGUUUGCUGGAGCUGAACCACAAGUCAAUACAAUCAAUAAAAGCUCACCCAGGGGACAUUACAGGACAGUGACAGUACUGCACUCCUGCAUGCCAUUGCUGAUGGGAAGUCACAACAGCAGGGAAAGGAAUCCUUUGAACCUUGGUUGGAUCAACAGGCGGUUGGAGCUUGUCUCAGUCCCAUCAACUAAUCAGUAGGAGAUAUAUCUAAUGAUGCAGUAGAGAGAUAAACAAGAAAAUCUGAAAGGAGACAGGACCAGACCUUUUGUAGGAAAACUGGAAAAGGAGGGUAACCGGUGUGAUGAAGCUGGAAGGUGAGAAAAGGAGUUGUAGAAGUGUCGGUCCGAAGUCCAUUGGCCUGCUGGUUUAGUGCAAUGCUUUAUUGCUUUGGGGGUUCAGUUUUGUCUUCCUUGAUGCUUGGUGAACCUCCAGUUGCAUUUCUGGCAAAGACCAUAAAUAUUCUACUGGCAUCCUCAGUCUGGUAUCUAGUGUUUUACUGCCCAGAAGACAUAUUCUACCGCUGCUUUUCCUUUCUGCCUCUUCGUCUUCUGGUGGCAGGAAUGAAAGAAGUGACAAGGACUUGGAAGAUCACAGAUGGCAUUGCACAUGCAGACAUUGUCUACAAAGAUGCCUGGCUUGUCAUGGUAGCUGUGGGCUGGGCCAGAGGUGCUGGUGGUGGCCUAAUUUCCAACUUUGAGCAGCUGGUGAGAGGAGUGUGGAAACCUGAAACCAAUGAGCUCCUGCAGAUGUCCUACCCUGUGAAGGCAACUUUGAUAGGAGCAGUUCUUUUCACCCUGCAACGCAGACAAUACUUGCCAAUAGCAAGACACAACCUUAUGUUUUUAUACACCAUCUUUCUUGUUGUCUUCAAGGUAAAAAUGAUGUUGACAAGAUGUGCAACUUCUCCACUUGCUCCCUUUGAGGCUGCAAUGGGCCAAAUGUUUUUUGGCUCACGAAAAAUACCUUCCAAAGUGAAGGGUGAAGGUGCCACAUCUUCCAACGGCUCUUCAGUCUGUGACCAGCCUUCUGAGCAGCACCAUGAGAGUGCUAAGAAAAAACAAGCAAAGAAAACAGAAUAAGUGGCUUAAAAUCCUUGUGAUGGUCAUGAAGAUGUUUGUCUUCCAGAUUAGGCUGGCUAAGGAAAUGAGAACAGGGCUGUGUUGUGGUUUGCCUUUUGGAAUGUGUUAUGUAAGCUAUGUGUAAAUGCACAUGUUGGAUUUGUGAGUUCAAACUACAAAUUUUUAUGGUGGUUAAAAGUUUACUAAUUUUUGUAUUUAUGAUAACUUCAAAUGCUUAUAUGUUCAAAAAUGUGACAAUCAUGUAUAUAUUUUUUUUCUACUGUGUCACUUGUUUCACAUCUUCCUAUUCCCCAGUUCUUAUAUUUCUUUUUGAUAUCACUGAUUUGUACUGUCAGGUGUUCACUGUAGCACAUCCCAAAUAAGAAAGUAAUUAGAUAAGGCUUAAUCACAUUGCACUGUGUGAAACCAUAAAAAUAUACCAAUUUAAUGCCUUUAACUAGAAAAGUAACUGAAUUAUUGUUGUAAUUCACAUUGCAUUGGUCUAGAUUUUCUUCAUUCUUAAAGUAAGUAUUUUUAAAUAUUUUUAGUGUUUUAAAAUGAGAGCACAUUAUCUGGUACUUAAAAAAAAUCUUAACAGUUAGCAAGUAGAAACAUAGCAAUAUUUUUCUUGUUGACUUAGUUGGACUUUUUAUUUACAAGUAUUUGAGAUGUAGGUGUUUUUUGCCACAUUGGUGUUUUACAAGUGGUUUGUGGUUAUCUUUUGCUUCAUUUGGGCCUAGACAUUAUUUGCCUGUAUUUUUUUUUCCAAGCAUAUGCACUUAUUUCUUUUCAAAGACAGACUUCAGUAGAAAGAAGAAUACUGGACAGUACAUUUACCUUGUUUAGUGAGCACCCUCAGGUGCAAGACAGGAAUGGGAGCAGAAUGUUGCCCUUAUAAUCCAUGAGGGAAUGGUCAGUGAGCUGCUAGAGCACCUAGACACUCCCAAGUGGUGGGAUGGGAUCCACCCAGGGGUGCUGAGGGAGUUGGCUGAGCCAGCUCACUGUGCCACUUCCAAUCAUUUACCAGCAGUCCAGGCAAACUGGGGAGGUCCCAGUUAACUGGAGGUUGGAAAAUGUGAGACAUAUCUACAGGAACGGUCAGAAGGAGGAUCCAGGGAAUUAGAGGUCUGUCAGCUGCUGUCAGUGCCAGGGAGGCCAUGGAGCAGAUCACCUUGAGUGCCAUCAGCAACAGGAACAGGACAGCCAGGGCAUCAGGCCCAGCCAGCCUGGGUGUAGGAGAGGCAGGUCCUGCCUCACCAACCUGAUCUCCUCCUGGGACAAGGUGACCUGCUCAGGGGGUGAGGAAAGGCUGUGGCUGUGUCUGCCUGGACUUUACAAAGCCUUUGACACCUUCUCCCACAGCAUCUCCUGGAGGAGCUGGCUGCUCACGGACAGGGCCCUGUUCUGUGGGUGAAGGAGUGGCUGAGGGCAGGGCCAGGGAGUGGUGGGGAAUGGAGGGACAUCCAGCUGGGCUGGGCACCAGUGGGGUUCCCAUGGGGUUAGAGCUGGGGCCAGGCCUGUCCAACAUCAUCAAAGGUCAGGAUGAGGGGAUGGAGGACCCUCUCAGUCAGUUCCUGGCAGCUCCAGGCUGGGUGGGAGUGUGGCUCUGCCGGAGGGCAGGAGGGCUCUGCAGAGGGGUCUGGACAGGCUGGAUCCAUGGGAUGAGGCCAUUGGGGUGAGGCACAGCCAGGGCCUGGUCCUGCCCUUGGCUCACAGCAACCCCCUGCAGCUCCAGGCUGGGGCAGAGGGGCUGGCAAGCUGGGAAAGGCCCUGGGGGUGCUGGUGACAGCGGCUGGACACGAGCCCAGGGGUGGCCAGGUGGCCAAGAGGCCGAUGGCAUCCUGGGCUGUGGCAGCCGUGGGGCGGCAGCAGGAGCAGGGCAGUGCCCGUCCCUGUGCUGCCACUGCUGAGGCCACACCUCGAGUGCUGUGUCCAGCUCUGGGCCCCUCAGCACAGGGAAUGGAGGGGCUGCAGAGUGCCCAGAGAAGGGAAUGGAGCUGGGAAGGGGCUGGAGCCCCAGGAGGGGCUGAGGGAGCUGGGAAAGGGGCUGAGCCUGGAGAAAAGGAGGCUCAGGGGGCCCUUGUGGCUCUGCACAAGUCCCUGCCAGGAGGGGACAGCCGGGGGGGUUUGGGCUCUGCUCUUAGGGACAGGAGGAGGGGAAAUGGCCUCAAGCUGUGGCAGAGGAGGGUUACUUUGGACAUUAGGAAGAAUUUAUUCACAGAAAGGGUGAAAAGCACUGGUCCAGGGAGGCGAUGUAGUAAACAUCUGUGGAGGGGUCUAAAAUGAUAUGUAGAUGGUACACAUGGGGAUAUAGUUUAAUGUUGGCCUUAACCAUUCUGGGUUAAUGCUUGACUUGAUCUUAAAGAUCUGUUCCAAUCUAAACCACUCUUUAAUGUCAGAAGCACUGAAAGUUUUUAUUAGCAUUUGAUGAAAUCUUGCUGCUCUCUGUUUGUUGUGUCUUUUUUUUUUGCUCAAUAUGUGAAGAAGUUCUCAGUGGCAUACACUUCAUAACUGAGAACUUUGGCAUUUUAAAGAUGUUACAAUACAUAAGAAUAGAAUCUUUUCAGAGCAAUCUUUUCAUUGAUGUGCCAAUUUUUUAGAAUAAAUGAUUUUUACAAAAUUAGACUAUUUUCUUCAGAGAGUAGUGCUUUGCAGAGUAUUGUUCAGCAAAGAGGGGUUAGGUUAAUCUUUGUGCAGGGAUGGUAAGGAGAAUGUGGAGGGAGAUCUGAUUUGAAAAGACAAAGUUCUAGUUCCAGGUACAUCUCUAAAUUUAGAAAAGCUGUCACCAAUGCUGUGCUUAGAGAAAAGAAAAAUAAAAGUACCAAAGAAAUUUCUUGUGCCUGAGUAGUCACAUUUCCAUGGUGAUGACCAAAAGCAUUGAACUCAGUUUGAAAUCCAACUUCAUUGCAAAUGUGCUGUACCUUGAAAGCUAAAAUUACUAUUUUCUUUAACACUUAAAUUAAACAGAACACCCCAAACUCUUUGGACAAACUAGCAGUUAUAUUCCUUACAUGUUACACUGAAACUUAGUGUUCAGUGUAAUACUUGUAAUAGAUACUAUAGAUACUUGUAGAUACUUGGAGUCUCAUUUUUUUUGCAGCUUGAUGUCAUGGAUUAAAUAGAAGCUGCCAAUUAACUAAUUAACAAUCAACUAGUUAUGAAGCAACACCAGCACAUGCCACCUGUCCAUGGUUUUUUAAAGUUUUGGAUGUUUUUCUGAAUAGGUGUAAUGGUGUAUUCUAAAUCAUGAACCAUACAGAAUGGGAUUGUGAUAUGGAACUGUGUUACACAUCUGUGAAAUUCUGCCUGAAAACUGGCUAUUCCCAGCCCGAGUCAAUGUGAAAAUAUGCUUAGACUAAGUCUUUAAAGUUUACAAUUAGAGGGAAAAAUAAAAUGUUUUGUAUUAAUUUUCAGAGUUAAAGACAACAAUAUUAAUUUUGUUUUAAAAAAAAUGCUUUCUUGUCUUAUACCGUAAAAGUAAUACACAACACACAAAAAAUGUAUAUUGUUGUGAGACAGAACACAAAUUAAGCUGACAGACAUCCUAUUUUAAGUACCAUGAAAACAAAACUUUUUGUUUAAAGGUAUCACAUGCUGCUGAAGGAUGGGUGCUCAAAAGAGCUGCAUGCUGAAUAGCUACAUGCAAAUGUUCUGAGAACUACAUUUUAUGACACAGAAAAAGAUAACCAGUUGCUCAGGGUUUACCCUGAAUUCUGUCUGAGACAUUUAUACAAUGUGUCCAGGAUGCCUUAAAUACACUCCAACUUUCACGCUGAUAGUUCUGUAUUGCUGGUAAACUUCUCUGUGUGAGAAUUUUAACGAUUUCUUAUAACUGUUCUGGUAAAGUGUGUCAGAUUCAGCUGCACACAUGAACUAGUUGGCUGUAAUUUUGUCAUUAACCUGGUAAAAUUAGAAGAAGCUGUCUUGUGCCUAUAUAAACUAAGUCAUUAAGAAAUUGCUUUAUCAGCUCAAUUCUUGGGCUAUAAGGGCAUGUUCCUGAUUAAACCAAUUGCUGUUUGGAGUAAUUUCUACUAAAUACACCCAGCUUCUUUAAAAAUGAAUACCUUAAAAUUUACUUCAGGAACAGAACUGAAGUUUCUUUAGACAAUAAAUGCUAUUUGCUUUCCUCUUC